UGCCUGCUUGCUGACAGACGCGGUCCGGUAGCUGGAGCAGCCGGGGCACCGCAGGAACCGAAUCGGCAGCCGGCGGCGGACCCUCUCUAGGGGCUAAGAUGGAUCUUGUACUCAAUGCUGCAGAUUAUUAUUUUUUUACACCAUACAUAUAUCCAGCCACGUGGCCAGAGGACAGCAUCUUCCGACAAGCUGUCAGUCUCCUGAUUAUAACAAAUCUCGGUGCUUAUAUCCUUUAUUUCUUAUUCGCAACGCUGAGUUAUUAUUUUGUCUAUGAUCAUUCAUUAAUGAAACACCCACAAUUUUUAAAGAACCAAGUCUAUCGAGAGAUUAUGCAUUCUGUCCAGUCAAUGCCAUGGAUAAGCCUCCCCACGGUCUCAGUGUUCCUGCUAGAGGUGAGAGGUUACAGCAAACUGUAUGACAGCAUAGAGGAGUUUCCAUACGGCUGGCUUCGAUUCGUUGCUAGUGUACUGUCCUUUCUCUUUUUCACUGACAUGCUGAUCUACUGGAUUCACAGAGGCCUUCAUCAUAGACUUGUGUAUAAGCACUUACACAAACCUCAUCAUAUCUGGAAGAUUCCAACUCCAUUUGCAAGUCAUGCUUUUCAUCCUCUGGAUGGCUUCCUUCAGGGUCUACCUUACCACAUAUACCCGUUUAUCUUCCCAUUACACAAGGUAGUUUAUUUAGGUUUGUACGUCUUGGUCAAUAUCUGGACAAUUUCUAUUCAUGAUGGUGAUUUUCGUGUUCCCCAUAUCUUCAGGCCAUUUAUUAAUGGCUCAGCUCAUCAUACAGACCACCACAUGCUCUUUGACUAUAACUAUGGACAGUAUUUCACAUUGUGGGAUAGAAUUGGAGGCUCAUUCAAAAAUCCCUCCUCCUUUGAAGGGAACGGACCACUUAAUUAUGUGAAGAGGAUGACAGAAGAAAACCGCAACAGCCAUGCAGUAAGUGGUUGUAAAAAUGAAAAAUUAUUCAAUGGAGAGUUUAAAAAAACUGAGUAGAUUAUUGCCCAAUUAUUAAAUAUUUUUAAUCAAGGAAAAUAAUCUACAGCCAGGACGCAUAGCAAGUGAACAGUAUCAUUUGAAAAUCAGUAUUGUGGGUACAGGUGAGGAACGACCAUAAUGGUAGAACAAGGGAACAUGCCGUGAACACCAUGACUUUAACAUCGUGCUCAAAAUACUGAAUGUUGGUCUAAGGGAGAAGCUGUGUCUUUCCAGCCAGUAGAUCUGUAAUUUGUAUAGCCUCAACAACAGUUUUUUAAAAGGUAGAGGAUAAAUUAUUGAGGGGACUAGGUUAUGUCCUUUUGCCUUAAUUCAUCCAUAUUCAUUAAGUAAAAUUCAUUGUGCUUGAUGAUAUCAAGACUAAACACCAUAACAAAGAAGUACUAAUAUGAAGAUGAUUCCUUGUUUCAGGAAUGAUUAAGUACUCAGAAUUGGUAUGAUAACAACUACUUGUACUUUGUUGAAGUGGAAAAAUCAGUGUGAAAAAAUAUCGUGAUAUAAUGUAUUAGUAGCUCAGUGACCUGAUUAAUAGCAGGUGUUAUAAGAUUAUUGUCUUCCUACACAUAGAAAACUUAUUCUCUGGAGACAUUGUCAACUGUUACGUUUUACUGAUGAACAAAUAAAUUGGAAUUUUAGAAAAUAUUAAUACUACCAUGAUUUAAUCCAGAUCUGGGAUUAUUUAAAGAUUUUGAUGGUUAUUGUUUUCAACCAUUAUUUAAUAAGUGUAAAAUUAUAUGACCCUGAUUAUAUUUAGAAAGGGAAAUUUGAUGCCCAAAGAAUAUAUUAGACACCACUGGUUUUUUAAUUAAAUUGAUGCACUGCACUUUUGGUAUGUUUCAAAGUUACAAUCCUGUGAUUUUCUAUAAAAGCAAAUAAUUGCCAAAUAUUUAGGCCUAUCACUGAAGACUAGUUUUGAAAUCUUAUUUCCCCUCCUCCUCCUUCAUUUUUCCCCACUCCCUCUGCAAAAAGAUUUAACAAAUACUUUCAUAAAGAAAUGUCAUGUGUUGUAACAUAAAUAUGUUGGGAAAACAUGGUUUCCAAAGGCAUUCUCUAAGCUGUUUAUGUAAAAUCAAUAAAAGUUGAGUAUGACUAUU